GAAAAUAUAAUGUGUAUUUCAAUAAUUGAACCGAAGUUUGUUAAAAAUAAAUUAUCGAAGUAUAUUUUGUUGAAAUUUUUAUUAGUUUCACUAAUUAGUUUCAAAUCAUAGAUUUGUCCCGGGUUACUUUUCUCUCUGGGUGAGGAUUUUACGUAAUAAUUUUAUUUUGUUUUGCAGGGAUGAACUUGGAUUGCCACGUGUGUAUAGACCUCCAGAAGCUUGCCUAUCACUCGGGGGUGUGACAGAAGUUGAUGGCAAGGCUUUUGACAUGUGGGCGUAUGGAGUGAUGGUCUUGGAGCUGUUUACCAACAAAGCUCUGAGCAAUGCCAUAACCUGCGCCGGUAAUUGGAACAGGGAAAUUUAUCCUUUCCUGUUCAACAUUCUGCAGGAGGAUGUUUUCAAGAGCUUAAUGCUUGGAAUGUUUUCCGAGACGGGCAUUGCAAAUGGGCAAAUAAGACUUGCCCUAAAUUUUAUUCACAUCUUUUUGAUGCCCGAUCGACGGAAGAGGUGGAGUGCCGGAAAGGCAAUUGACCACUGCUUCUUUGAAAGUGGUGGCCAGAUUGGAGCAGGGCCAGAUCUAAAAUGGCAACAUUUUGGUAGCGAGGAGAACCAAUUGAUUAGCAUAGAUAGAAAUCACGGUGUGAAACGAGUUGCUGACGUUAGCGUAAAGGCCCUGCAAGCAAAAAAAGCUAACACUCAGUGGGAACAACCACUUGAAAAAAACCAACUCACAGAAUGUGAGAAUUGUAAAGUGCUAAAACGCAAAAAUGCAGCAUUGGAACAGGAAGUUCUUGAGCUAAAAAAGUUUUUGGAAAUCGAUGAAUUUGCAAAAAAUAAGAAACCUGUUCCGAAAAAGAGGGUCAUUUCUGGAAGCACUCAAACCUCAAAUCGUCCACAAAUAAUAGCUAUUCAGGAGGAUUUGCGUGAGCACAUCUCAAAUAAUAACAGCGCACUUCAGAAGGACACGUUCAUGAGUUGGCUGCGGAAAAAAAUAAAUGCUUGCAAAAACAGAAUACUUCGAUUUCAUUUCAAUUAAUUAGAAUAUCAACUGAAUAACAGAAUCGAAGCAUAUCUGGAAAUAGCCUACAAAUUUUCACACAAUAUGUUCAGAUAUUCAAAGCAAUAGAAUGAAAGUUUUAACAGGAGUGUGCUGUCAGGGAGAGAAACCUGCCUUAAAAUUUGUCUAAGAAAGACUCUCCUCGUUAAAAUGAAAAAAAAGUUUGAAGAACAAUAUAUCACGUCAUACGCAAAGGCUGCAGUCUAAUUGGUUAUGAAAGACUAAAUUACUUUUAUAAUAGAAGUGCCGGAGUAACCUCAUAUCACAAGCUCUGUUGCAAAGAGAAUAUGAUGUAGCAGAUUUUGAAUGAGACUGCAUGAGACUUAGUAGAAAACAAGCAUUGAAACAAAGAAAUUGAAAUGAGAAAAAGUAACUAAAUGAGAAUGUAUGGGACUGUGUAGUACUACUUCAGUAGACAUGUUCUAUAUACAGUAGACUAUCAAGAUUGUGUGCUUCCAGAUGCUUGAUUCUCUUCAUGAAGCAUAGAUAACUUAGCAGAGGUUAAACGAAGAAUGUUUGAGAGACUUAGUAGUAGAAAAUCUUUGCCAAUAAUAAAAAAUAAAAAAAGGCUAAAAAAAAAAAGAGCUAAAAAGUAAAAACAAAAAAA